AAGAUUAAGCAUCACCAGGUGUUUAAUAAAUACGGUUUGAUCUUAGCUGGUUGACUUUUUUUAUGAUUGUUUGUGUAUAUGUAUUAUUAUUUUUUUUUAAUGUAGCAUGUUCACAGUUGGCCAUAAAAGAAAUGCAUACAGUAUUAUCAUAGCCAUGUUCUAGAUUAGCACACUCACAUGCUUUGGGUUUCACAUAGCUAAUGGCUCCCAUAAUGAACCACUGAGGGGAGGCAUUUCCAUAUUGCAGAGAGUUGGGCUGAACAGCUCUGAGCUAGAUGUUGCCCAAACAGUUCAGUGGGCAACCUUGAUGCACGUGAUGAAAGCCAAGGGCAGUUUGUGCGUUUGGGGCUCCUUGUCCCAGUGGUGUCCUUGAGAGUCUCUCACCUACAUUCUUUGCUGUAGGUCUCAGGAUCUAGUAUGGACCCUGCUGCUGUUCACAGCUGCCACCUUCUCCAGCAGCUGCGAGAGCAGCGGAUCCAAGGCCUGCUCUGUGACUGCAUGCUGGUGGUGAGGGGAGUCUGCUUCAAAGCCCACAAGAACGUGCUGGCAGCCUUCAGCCAGUAUUUCAGCCUCUUUCAGAGCUCUUCAAGCCAGAAGAACGACGUUUUUCACCUGGACGUUAAAAACGUCAGCGGCAUAGGGCAGAUCCUGGACUUCAUGUACACGUCACACCUCGACCUUAACCAGGACAACAUUCAGGUGAUGCUGGACACAGCGCAGUGUUUGCAAGUGCAGAAUGUUCUGAAUCUGUGCCACACAUUUCUGAAGUCGGCCUCUGCAGUGCAGCUGCCAGGCGUGCCCUGUACAGGUGCCUUCUCCCUGCAGAGCGUGCCUCUCAAUAGCCCCUGUGCGGUAAGUGAGCACUACCCUCCCUCCUUGCAGGAGUGCUCUUCAGAAGGCCCGCAUUCUAAAGUCCUGGCUGAACUGAAUCCUCAUGCUCCAUCAGCAGGUUUCAGUCGGCCCACAGAAGGGUCGAAACCAGAUGUUGUAGGUGGCAGCUGCCCAGAGCUUCCCUGCAAACAGCCGAACUACUAUUACAAAUUCAGAGCGUUGUACAGCAAGCAGUACUACAAGCAAACUGCCUGCCCCAGCCGGGAGCCUGCUUCAGAGCAGGUGCUCACUCCCAGUUCCUCCUCAGACCUCGCUGCAGCAGACUCACAGCCUUCUGUGGAGAGCCGUCCAGCUGUUCUAGAGUCUCCAGAGCACUUGCCUUCCACCUUCCUGGGUCCACCCAUCAGGAACUCAGGCACUGACUCUGAGGCAGACUCCCUUUGCCAGCCACCUGCCAAACAGAUGAGGCUGAAGAAGGCCAUGCACCUGAAAAAACUAAACUUCCUCAAGUCACAGCAGUCAGCUGAGCAAACUCCGCAUCCCGAGUCAGAUAAUGGGUUGGUCAGGAGGGAGGAAUCUGCUGCUAAGGAAGAUGCAGGCGAGAGAGACAGAAGUCAAACCACUGUAGAAAAAGGGAAGGAAGAGCUGGGUCCAGAGAGCAGCCACGAGGUGGAGAUCCCGGAAGCCCCAGCCACAUGGGAAGACCCAUCCCAGGCCCUGCAGUCCCAGAGACAAUAUGCGUGUGAAUUGUGUGGGAAGCCUUUUAAACACCCAAGCAAUCUGGAGCUGCACAAACGGUCUCAUACAGGUGAGAAACCUUUUGAAUGUAACAUUUGUGGGAAACACUUCUCUCAGGCAGGCAAUCUUCAGACUCACUUACGCCGGCACUCUGGGGAGAAGCCAUACAUCUGUGAAAUCUGUGGAAAGAGGUUUGCGGCCUCUGGUGAUGUCCAGCGCCACAUCAUCAUUCACUCUGGAGAGAAGCCACACUUGUGUGACACAUGUGGCCGAGGGUUCAGCAAUUUCAGCAAUUUGAAGGAACACAAAAAGACACACACGGCUGACAAGGUGUUCACCUGUGAUGAGUGUGGGAAGUCCUUCAACAUGCAGAGGAAGCUGGUUAAGCAUCGUGUGCGGCACACGGGAGAGCGGCCCUACAGCUGCCCUGCCUGCGGGAAGUGCUUUGGGGGCUCAGGAGACCUGCGCAGGCAUGUCCGCACUCACACUGGGGAGAAGCCGUAUAGCUGUGAGAUCUGCAGCAAGUGUUUCACACGGUCUGCAGUGCUGCGGCGGCACAAGAAGAUGCAUGGCAGAGCUGAUGCCAGGAGCCCAGCCGAGCUGGAUGAGCUGAGCCAGGCCAUGGAGACCUCUGACCUGGACAGGUCCCAGAGCUCUGACUCCUUCUCCCAGGAUGUGUCCGUCACGAUGAUGCCUGUGUCUGUCAAGCUCCCUGUGCACCCGGUGGAAAGUUCUGUGGCAGGAUUUGAUGGUCACUGUAGUGGCUCCUACAGUAAGGUGCGCUCCAUGCUCCAUCCUCCCAGCAUGAGUGACCAGGACAAACUGGACCUGGAUCCUGCUAAGCUGGCCAAGCCUCAGGUGCUGCAGAGCCAGCCACAGGCCUAUGCUUACUCAGAUGUGGACACCUCAGUAGGUACUGAGCAGCCACAGACUGAUAGCAUGGCUGUGUCCCGCUCUUCCCUGGCCACUUUGGACAACCACUGCAGUGAGCCACUAGGCAGCAGAACACCUUCAGUGACUUACAGGAGCUCUGAGGGACAGUUUUUCUCCAGCAUGACUCUGUGGGGGUUGGCAAUGAAGACGCUGCAGAAUGAGCAUGAGCUGGAGCAGUGAUGUGCCGUCUCAGCGUUGGAGGGAAGCAUCCUUCUUGGCCAGGUUUGCUCCCUUUCAGCUCUGGAAAACAGAUAAUUUCCCUCGCAGUGAUUGCUGGGAGCUCUAGCACUUUGAGUCCAGGAAUUGGGAGAAAGGC